AUGAAAAUACUUUUCUUAGUAAUCGAAGUGAUUUAAGUGAUCUGCUUAAUUCCUUCAUUUUAACUUAAAUUAGAUUAAGAAAUUUCUUUGUACCCAACAGAAGGAGAACUUUAUUAUUAUUAUUUUUAGCACUGGGUUAUCUAGGAUGAAUUAAUGUGCAAAAUUGAGCCUUAAAUUCCAAAUGUAUAAGUAAUGAAUUAAUGUGAAGAAAUAUUCCAAACACAAGGAAAUGGUAAUAUUUUACGUCUAUUAUAAUAGAAUUUAUAUCAAUGUCAUCAAACAAUACACACUUUAUUACUUUGUCAUAUGAAAAUGAAGUAAUAAUGUAUGAAUGGAAAAAUUAAAUAAUUGAGUAAGUUGGAGAAUCUGUGACAAUUGAUUCUUCACUUAAUUGUUUUAACAUCAAUUUAUCUUUAAAUUUUUCUAUUUUAGUAGAUUGUUAUUAAAAUAAUGAAUUCCUUUUAAUUUAAUUAUUGGAUAAUAAAUCAAUCCCUGCUUAUUAAGUGUAAUCAUCUAUGCCUGCUUCAACAAAAAUAUAAUCAAUUGUUAAUGGAACCAAUGCUUUUAUAGUAUAUGCCUAAUAUUUUGAAGAUUAUUCGAUACUUUCACUGUUCUCAUCAUCAUUUCAAAAUUAAAGUACCUUAAAUAAUUAAUUUAUUGAUUUUGACAUCCCCAUUACAAUAAGUCCUAAUAUUUAUGCAAUUACUUCUCAAGACAUUUUCUAAAUAUCCAUAUCUCCACAAUCUCAAUUUUAAAUCAAAAUUAAUUUUAGUUAGGAAAAUAUAAAUACUUUUACUACUAUUGAUGUCUAUAACGAUUUAUAUAUGUAUUCUUAAUGUGAUCAAAUAUUGUUAGGGUGUUAUUAUAAUGAAUUACCGUAUAUUAUUUAGCUCUUAGGAUGUGAAAAUUAAAUAUUCAUGAUGUAAUAUAUGUAUGGUGAUGCAUAAGAACCCAUUUUGAACGUCAUAUAAAAUAGCAAUUUUGUAAUAUUUUAAUCAAAUGAUUAAAUAGUAAUUUAACAAUAAUAUGCAAAUAAUAACUUUUAAUAUUAACUAUAUCACUAACAAAAUUUCCUAGUAUAUAUCAAUUCCGAUAAUGAAUUAUUUAUAUUCAAUGAACAAAUCCUAGCUUAUUAAAUUAACAUUUUUUCUUUAAAAGUCAACUUAACUAAUUUAGAAUCUGCUGGAAAUAAUUAUACUUUUAUGAUUUUAUGUCAGAACAAAAAUUAAUCAAUCUACACUUACAAUAAGGUUUAUCUUUCAGUAUUAACUAAGAAUGAUACAAAUAUCUAUGUAAUUUUUGAUUAAAGCUUCCCCUAAUAUUAAAUUUCAUUGAAUAUUAAUGUUACAAACACCUUUAACAGUUUUUCAGGAUAAUUAUUACAAUAUAAACAAAAUCCAGAUGGAAUACCUUUAAAUUUUGCAUCAAUGGCCUAAUAACAAGCUGGUCAAAUUAAUUAAAUUUAUUACUUAGAAUAAUUUUUGUCGACAAUUGAACAAGACAACUUUAUUUAUUUAAUAGGAUAUAAUAAUUAUUCAAUUGAUAUUUUGUAAAGUCAAGUGAAUCCUACGUCAACCUUCUAAUUCAGUUAAAUAUGUUCAAUAAAUAUUAGUGUAAAUGCAAGUUCUUUAUAAGUUGCUUAUAGCAUUUAACCUUAAAUGAUAAUAUUAGGAUUUAGUGCUAAUAAUAAAAUCUAUUUGUUUUAAUACUAUAAUUCUAAUAAUAGUAUAAUUAGUUAUUCAAAUUAUACCUUUAACUCAUAAUUUUCAGAUUUUGUAGUCACUUAUGGUAAUGUUAUAAUUCUAUUUGCAAAUCAAUAAAUUGAAAUAAUGACAUUUGAUUUUACUAAUACUUUUACUUUAAAUUAAUCAUCAAUAAAUAAAUUGUUCAAUAAUAUACAAUUCAAUCCAAUAUAAAUAGUAGUGAAUACAUAAUUAUUGUCAUCUUUAUUAUAUAUAAACAAUUUAAAUGAAGUAAUAAUAAUUUCAAUUGAUUAUAAUAGCAUUCCAAUACCAAUUUCAUUAAUUAAAGUCAAUUACAAAAUAAAGUAGAUAAAUAUAAUAAGUUAAUAAUUAAUCUUAUCAUAUUUAUGUAAUGAUGAUCAAAAUACGUGCUUUUAAGUUUAUAAUGUAUAAAAUCUACCAAUAUACUAUUUUGUAAAGAGUCUAUAUAGUGUAAAUGUGGAUAGUGAAGUAACAAUAUAAUCAGAUAACCUAUUUUUAUAUGUUACUUUUAAUAAUUACACUGUUUAUGCUUAUAAUCCUUCCUUACCAUAUCAUCAGAGUUUAUAUUAUAUGCUAAAAUUAUCUUCCCCAAUUAAAUGUGCAUAUGCAAUUCCAAGCUACUAUUUUUAUGUGCCAGAAUUUCAAUAUGAAAAAUCAAUCAUACUUCUUUCAAACAAUACGAUUUAUUAAUUGAAUAGAUUUUAAUUAUUUUAGAUAUCUGUUGAAUUUUACAAUGAACCCUUUAACAAUUCAGUAUUUUACCCUUAAUUUAUCUAUAAUUAUAAUGUAACUUCGAUACUAAAUGAGAAAACCUUAUACUAGACUCCUAAUUAAAGUAUUAUUUUGUAUUCAAAUUUCACAGUUUUUCAAAAUUAAACAAAUUAAUCUAUAAAUUUAACAAAACAUAAUAUAAUUCCUGAUUCGAAAAAUUUCUCAUAUCCAAUGACUUUAAUUGUUGAUAGAUAAGUUGGAUAUUGCACAUUAAAAAAUCUUGCUUAAACUAAUGAUUUAAACAAAUAUUGUAGUUUGACUCAAGCAUUGUAAUAUAAAUCUACGAGCAUUCCAAAUUAUAGCAAUUUCUCUUUAAUUACUUCAAUAAAUAAUGAAUGUUUUGCUUUAUAAAAUAGCUCUUACAUAUAAACAGUAAAUAGCAACUUAACAUAAGUAUCUAAUUCAAGUUAUUCUAAUCUAAAUUUAACCUAAUGUCUAAAAUCAACAUCAAACAAUUACACAUUAUAUUCAAUUUGUGGAAAUAAUACUUCAUAAUAUUUGCUUAAUUUUACUUUAAAUUGUGAUGGUAAUAUAGUAUUAAGUGAAACUAUAUAAUUACCCAAAACGUUUUAACGUAUUUCCAAACUCAACGUCACUUCAAAUCAAAUUUUUAUUUUAGGUACUUUGGAAAAUUCAUCGUUUUAAUAAUUGUAUUGGUUUAAUUAAUUUAAACAUAACUUGUAGAUAAUUAGUGCAGCUACUGAUUUUUCUGUUGCGUAAGUACCAAAACAGUUUGAGGAUAUUUAAGCACAAUUAAUAGUUAUUUUCUUUACUAAUUAUUAUUUAUAGUAAUAGUUUAUGUUAAUUAAUGAUUCGAGGGUCUAAUUAGGAUAAUAAGCUCAGAUUGAAAUUUAAUUUUGCGAGGACCUGUAUUUUUGUUAUUUACAAUAAGACAUAGUUUAUAAUUCGGUUCUAAUUAUUUAAAUAUAACUUAAGAGUGUAACAAUACUUGCGAGUUCUAACAAUUUUAGUUAUAUUGCAGUAGUAAAAUUAGAACAAAGAAAUUGUUCAAAAAAUGAGAAUUGCAAAGGAUAAGGAAUAAGAACUAUUCCAAUAUAUGGUGAUUUAAUUAAUAAAGGCAAUUCUUUUUAUUCGAAUGGUGUUUUGACACAACAAUUUAUAAAUAAUACUAAUUACAUAAUCGGAGUCUAUUAUUUGAAUAAUCUCUUGAUUAGAAAUUUAAGGGAACCUAUUUUAAUGUUUGGUUCAUUUACCGCUACAGUGUCCAGUUAUGCAAUUAUUGCCAAUCCAUAUCAAAAUGGGAUAGCCUUAUAUAUUUAUGAUUAAUAUAUACUUAGUUACCCAAUAGGUACUUGGAAUAUAACGUGUCUUUUGAAUAAAAAAACCUAAAAUCAACUUAAUGUUUCUAUAUUUUGUAACAACGAAUUUUCAAGUGGAAUUUAUAACAUUUCAUUCAAUCCACCUCUACUAGAAAGAAAUAGUAAAAGAUGGAUAUACACUCUUAUUUCAAUUAUUGUCUUGUUGUUAUUGUACUUUUACCUCAAAGUGAGAUAAAAGACAAUAGAAUUAAAGUAUAUUCAAUAAGAAGUUGAGUUAUGA